CACUGGCGUCUCUUGUGUCCAUCUCUUGUUUGUGGUCGUUGGCUUUACUGGCAUUGGUUCUCUUAUCUAAUCGCUCCUGACAUCGUUCACUCGUUGAGCAUCCCUGAAACCCGCGCCGCUUGCACUGAAUGCGCGUUCGCCCUGGAGUCGAGCGAACUGAAUAGUGACGGUAGGAAGGGUGUCAUGGAGGCUGAGCUCUUGCAUUGCUGUAUGCUACCUAUGUGCGAGAGCGUCGUCGUUCAAUGUUCUGUCGAUUCGGGUUAUGGCAGCACAUCCGCCCCGGUUGGUGCAUAGAAUUAGCUUGGCAGCCCAAACUUCAAGGCGUUCACUAAGUUACUAACAUAUUCUCCCAUGAAAUAAAUUCCAUUUUGGUCUGCCCCUCCAUCUGCCCCUCCAUCGUUGAGCAAGGCCUCGCAAACCCCCAUCUGCAUGAGAAUAGGGGUAGCCGGCGUAGCCAGUCAUAUCACAAUGGAAUCCCCCGAGACAUUCAAUUUGUACCGCGCUGGUCGGUACAUGGAUGUCUUGCUCACAGCUCCCGCGGAAGCUCUCAUUAACGAGUUUGUCAGCUCGCUUCAUCCAGGUAUCAACAACGUGAUCAACGAGAUCUCCGAAUCGCAGGACAGACUAGUCGUUGGGCUUGCCGCGUUCAACGCCUUCUUGCAAGCCAACGUCACCGGCCCAGUGCUGGAUGAGACAGCUGUGCGGAAAGUCGAGGGACGCUUCUUGAGGUUGAAGGUACCUGGCAUCGAGGGAAAAGGGGCCCUGCGCAAGGCCUGUUUGCAGUCCCUUGAUGUCGACGGCGUGUCGGUGUACUCGCACAUUCCGCAUAUCGAGCUGUUUUGUCUGGCCAGGCACAUCUUGACGGGCAAGGGACGGAACAAUGGGCUGAAGCUUGGGAGCGGGGAGGGUCAAGCUGGGGGUGGCCAUGACGGAGCAAUCCGGUCGCCGCAGUGGCUUGCGCUGCGCGUCAAUGUCUGGCAUUACAAGCUUCUUACUCAACCGAGUCUGGGUCCGGGAUCUGUCUUCACGAAAAGCUCGCAGUGGAGUGAUGUGCCGAGUUUGAGGGAGAUGAUUGAACAAGGGCUGAUUGUGGUGGGGGAUGAGGUUCUGUCAGGCGAAAAUGCGUGGAGCACGGUCGACAAGGUACGCUUCCUGGUGGAGAAAGCUAACGUGUGCAUCCUCCUCGGCCACGACGCGAAAGCCAGGGAAGCGCUGCGCCAGGCGACCAAGCUGAGUGGGUUUGUGUAUGCUUUGUCCGGCGCGCUGGGAAAGAGGACGCGGUUCCAGGAGAAAAGUACCAGCCAGCUUGUCGUGCUAGCAAAGAGUGGGCAGACUGUACCGGCAGAGGCUGGGAAGCUAGCCGCGGCGAAACCACAGGCUCUGGCACUCAACGACGACACGUUGCUGGAGGACGUGGAGUUCACCAAGGAGACACCGGAGAGUGGCGCCGACAAGGGGCCGUCGGAACUCCCUGAAGCGCUGAAAGAUCUUGUUCCAGACGAGCAGCCGCAGCUGUCGCCCUUGGAUCAGAUCAUCCUACUCGCCGAAGCGACACUAAAGGACACAUUCUCACCCGUCGACACCCUUACAUCGGAAGAAGUUCUCCCCUUUGCGGUCCGCGUCAUCUCUGACAAGUCCACCAACUGGCAGAUCUACACUCACGCGCUUCUGGUCCGAUCGAGAAUCGAGGUUCAUCGCAGCAGGACCAUAGAAAGGGGUGUGCUACAGAUGCAAGCUGUGGUGGAUCAGGUCAUUGUCGACACUACCCAAACCGCGGCCGAGAGCGCGAGCGCGACCGAAACCAAGAACGGGGAACCGGCUGAGACCGCUGUCCCGAAGAUCCGCGUCACAUCGGAUGGGGAGGCAGCAGACCAACAGGCACCAAGCAAACCUACAUCCUUCUUUCCCGCCCCUAAGUCGAGCGAGACUGCCCCGGCGCCGGUCCGCUUGGAGUAUAUCCAUGCACUGAGCUCGCCACCGAGAUGGCACCUUGAGUCUGAGCUCGCGUACGCGUGGGUGGGCGUCGGAUCACUGGUCUCGGCGCUCGAGAUCUUCAAGCGUCUCCGCUUAUGGGCCGAGGUAGCACUUUGCUUCGCCAGCAAUGCGGCCAAGGAGGACGAGGAUGGAAGGGGUGCCAGUGGAGAGGCAAAAGCGAAAGCAGUUCUGAGGUGGCGGUUGUUCCAGAGGACGGGGUCAACUGUGGAGCUGCAGAGGGAUUCAGUCGACGCAGACGAGGACGUGGACAUUGAUGACUUGAAAGAAGCAGACCAUCACGGCCCAGAGCGCCAACCGCCGCCUCCUAACGCGCCCCGGCUGUGGUGCAUCCUGGGCGACAUCGAGGACAACCCCGCCCACUACGAGCGUGCAUGGGAGAUAUCCAAACACCGGUUUGCGCGAGCGCAGAAGUCGCUGGGCGAGCAUUACAUCCAGCAGAAGGAUCUCGUACGCGCAAGGGAUGCCUACAAAAAGGCCGUCGCCGUGAACCGGCUGAGCUCCGAGCUAUGGAAUCGGCUAGGCGACAUCAGUUUGCGCCUGGGUGACUUUUCCGAGGCUGCCGAGGCGUUUGGGAAGGCAAUUGCCUCUGCGGACAACGCCGUCGGAGGCGAAGAUGCCCGAACGUGGAGCAACCUCGGCAGCGCUCUCUACAGCCUCUACGUUGAACGGGUACAAGAACUGAGGAAAGGAAAAGAAGAAGGGAAGCAGGACGAGACGGACGGAGACCAAGACGAGGACAAAACCAUCGCAGAAAACACUACCACAACGGCAACAACUACCCAGCAAAACCGGGACCCCUCAACCCUCCUCUCGCAAUCACUAGCCGCCUACAAGCGCGGCGCGGCCAUCGCCCACGACAACUGGCGCAUCUGGGACAACGUCAUCACGCUGGCCUCACGCCUCCGUCCCCCGGCCAUAUCCGAUCUGCUCCUGGCGCUGCGGCACGUCGUGCGCAUCCGUGCCACCGAGGACGCGCUCGACACUGACGUGCUCCGUCUGCUGCUCAACGAGACCGUCCUCUCCCAAGACAAGGCUGAGGGAUCUGUAGGGGUUUACGAACCCCCGCGUGGCUCAACCGAGCGGAGUGUAUGUGAUUUUUUGGAGACGAGUGUGGUGCCGCUUAUUACGGCGCGGUCGGAGCUGUGGGAGAUUGUGGCCAGAGAGAGGGUUUGGAGGAGGGAUUAUGCUGGCGCGGUGGAUGCUGCUGAACGGGCGUGGCGCGCUGCGGUUGGGUCUGCGGGCGCCGGGGGUGGGUUGCUGCCUUCAUCUGCUUCUUCUUCUUCUUCUUCUGGUGGUGCUGGUAAGAACUGGUUGGAGGACGAGGAGGCGUGGCGGACGGUGGUGGAGCGGACGGACGAGCUAGUGGCGAUGCUGGAGAAUUAUGGUGAUGAGGUUGCGGCUAUUGGCGGGCCUGGUAGGUGGAAAGGCAAGGCGAGGAGUGCGGUCAGGAGUGUGAUGGGUAAGGCGAAGGAGGCGUGGGAGGGGAGUGCGGAGUGGGAGAGGUUGGUUGGGCUGUUGGAGGGGUUAACGUGAUGCUGCACAGCACCGAGCCCCUGACGGUGAGGUGGCUUACUCACCCAUUUUAGAUGGCGAGUAGUAGAUUGGGAGCAUCUAGCAUAUAGAGAGAGAGACGGCUACUAGUAGAGCCUUCUAAAAAGUUCAAACCAUCAAUGAAAUACUACUAUGAUCUGGAUCGUUUCAGACUUGAACCUGAUAUCACCGCGCGGUGUGGAAGCCCGAGGAUUGGACAUCCAUUCUACGAGGAUCGUACAUA